CAAACACCCAAAAAGGGUGUACGCGCCAAUUAUAUAUAUAGGUAUAUAUGCAAAGUCUAAAUGCUUUGUGGACAAACCAGCUUCUAUUGAGGCAUUGGAAGCCAACAUUACUAAAGUCAUUCACGAAAUACCGAGUUGAAUUCCUUUAAAUACUACUAGGACCUAUAUUAAAUGGAAGCCUUUAUUUAGGCAAAGAAAAUAAAUACAGGACUAUAUUUAUGUAGUCCAACGUAAUUAUUUUGAGUAUUUAUUUAUUCCAGUUUAUUAAAUAGUUACAUUUAUCAUAUAACAGUAGGGGAGGUCGGGGUAUUCUUGGACACGGGGAAUUGUUGGACAGCUCGGUAUCUUUCCUCCCCGUAACGCUAGAGGUAUCAACCAAUAGCCAUGCACUUAUAUCGUAAUCAGCUCACUUUUUAUUAGGCAGUCGACCUGUUUAGACACGCAGAUUCAGCGCUGUCAAAGAGUAAAAAAAUUCGACACUGUGAAAUUUUUUUUUGCACUAAGUACUAUAUUUAUUUUGACUGCUGUUUUCAACGUAUUAAUUCAGGUAAGUAUAUUUAUAAUAUUCGUGAAACCUUAAAUCACUGAUGCAUAAAGGAACUAUGCAUGAAGUUUUCAUUGUGUUUUUUGUACUAUGACAUUUUGUAAAAGUAAGCAUUCGGGGAAUUAUUGGACACUUUUCUCGGGGUUAUUAUUGGACACUUAGUUCUUGAUGUUUUACAAUAUAAAUUCGUGUGAUUGACAUGUAUAAGUGUUUUUUCAUACAUAAUUUUAUCAGGGCUUUUGUUUUUUGUCAAUUUCUAUUAUUAUUUUAGACUUAUAAAGUUUUCUGUGACAGAAUGCCGCGUUAUUAUGCCAAGAAAGAAAAGACGAUUGAUUUCGACAAUAUUUUGGAGGCGAUUAAGCUGGUGAAAUUGCACAAGAACUCCAUUCGACAAGCUGCAAAGGCGGAAAACAUUCCAAAAAGCACUUUGGCUUGGCACAUUUCGAAUUUUGACAAGGCAAAUAUUGACGUUGCUGCUGAUAAUGUUGAUGUGAUGAAGAAUUUGCUGAAAGAACAUUCGACGACCGGCAAAACAAUUUUCAAUGCAGAGCAAGAGAGUGUGCUGAUGAAAUACCUUCUUGACGCCAGCAACAUCAACUAUGGAUUGAGUUUGAAGGAACUGCGAAAACUUGCAUAUGAAUAUGCUAAUAAGAUCGGCAUUUCGUAUCCGAACUCAUGGAAUGCCAACAAAGAGGCAAGUACGGAUUAGCAAUUGGCCUUCAUGAAACGUCACCGGAAUUUGUCAUUACGAACAGCGGAACAAGUGAGUCAGAAUCGUGCAAAGUCUUUCAACAAAGAGAAUGUCGAUGCCUUCUUCAACAAUCUGUCGUCUGUGCUCAGUGCCACCCAGUUCGAAUCGCAUCGAAUUUGGAACAUGGACGAAUGUCCAUGCCCGACUGUGCCAACGAAAGUAGUCAAAACAAUUGCACCGAAAGGAAAAAAGCGUGUAGGAACAUCAACAUCUGCCGAGAGAGGCACAAAUGUGACUCUAGCAUUGUCCGUUAGCGCGACGGGGCAAUCAAUUCCGCCGUUUUAUCUCUUCCCACGGAACAACAUGAAAGAGGUGUACAUGACGCAUGCAACACUUGGCGCAGUUGGUUUCGCAAAUGGUUCUGGGUGGAUGACAUCAGAAGACUUCAUCCGAUAUAUGCAACAUUUCAUCAAACACACGGGCGCGAAUGCGGAUUCACCAACUCUUCUGCUUCUCGACAAUCACACGUCACAUUUGUCGAUUGAGACCAUUGAAUUGGCAUUGAGGCACGGCAUUACCAUGAUCUC